UUUUAGCUCUUGCUCAACCGACUAACUCCACUGCAACAUAUUUGCUGCAAAACAUCAAGGUUUCCUUUAAAGAUGUUUCUGUGGAUCUGCCGCAUAGAGGACAACACAAACAUGGUCUUUUCUUUCAUCUAGCGGCAGGCACCUUUUGCAAUUAUGGAGGCUUAAAUGGUGGAGCGUUUUGGGGGGAAGGAGUCUUUCCCCUCAAAGUUGAUGGACUCUUGAAUGGACAGUACAGGAUUUGCCUUUUGUAAAAUACGAUAUAUAGAUAGAUUACAAGUUAACUUAUUUUUUGAGGAAACUGGAAUAUAUUUGUAUGUUUUUGUACAGAGAAAUGAGUAUUUUCUUUGAUGCCAAUGAUUGUUCCAAAGGUUUUGUGGAGUGUGUUGCUGACAUGGUGGAUUGAGAUGAGCUAGAUCUUCACUCUCGGGGCCGCUAGGGUGCCGUGGAAUCUCAACACAUGCACAAUUCUAGCGCCCUGAAUUCACAGAAAGGCUAAACCUAUUCCCCGUUUUUUCAUUGUGUUUUUUAUUUAUUUAAUGCAGUUAUUUGAGAAAUUAAUUUCUAUGUUAGUCUGAGAAGUUAAAGCACAAGCUUGUGGGUGGAAGUGGGUGUUUUGGGUUUUUUUGGGGGUUGUAACUUAGCGGGUGGGAAGCUAAAAUGAGUCUGGGAAGCCCAGACUGCACAGCAAAGUGCCGCUCUGUGAGGCACGCAGAGGAAGUGAUCGCUGCUUUGACCAGCGGCUCGGAGGCCCGGCUGCGGGGCUUUCUGUCUGUCCACUGUCACAAUGCAGCUACCCUGCGGGAUGAGUUUGGACGCACGGCUCUGCACCUCGCGGCCUCUCUGGGUAAGCGUGAGCUGCUUCAGUGGCUCCUGGACAGCAAACACGCCGACAUGCUGGCGAAGGACAAGGAGUCUGGGUGGACAGCACUGCAUCGCAGCGCCUUCUACGGGCAAAUUCACUGCCUCAUGGGGCUCAUCAAGCGUGGUGGAGCGCUGUCCAUCCAGGACAAGGAGGGUCUUUCUGCCCUAGACCUCACCAUGAAGGACCGCCCGGCUCACGUUGUGUUCCGAAACACUGACCCUACUGAAGUGUACACUUGGGGAAGCAACACAAAUUUUAGUCUGGGACAUGGAAACCAGGAGAGCAGACACCAUCCUGAGAUCGUGGACCUGUUUACAAGGUCUCGGAUCUAUGUGAAGCAGGUGGUGUUGUGUAAGUUCCACUCGGUCUUCCUGUCCCAGAAGGGUCAGGUGUACACAUGUGGACAUGGACAGGGCGGGCGACUCGGACAUGGUGAUGAACAGACAUAUCUGGUUCCCCGGAUGGUGGAGGGGCUUUUGUCCCAUCACUGCUCUCAGAUCGCAGCGGCCCGAGAUCACACUGUUGUUCUGACAGAGGAGGGGUACGUCUACACCUUUGGGCUCAACACCCACCAUCAGCUGGGCCUGGCACCUCCUCCUGCUUCCAGCCAAGUUCCCAAACAGGUCACAUCUAAGUCCCUGAAAGGAAGGUCUGUGAUUGGUGUUGCAGCUGGCAGGUUCCACACUGUUCUCUGGACCCGAGAUGCGGUGUAUACCAUAGGAUUAAAUGGUGGCCAGCUUGGUUACCUGCUGGAGCCCAAUGGAGAGAAGUGCGUGACUGUUCCUCGACAGGUGUCCGCUUUGCACCACAAGGAGGUGACCAUCGCUAUGGCUGCAGCCAGCAAUGGGGCCACUGUGUGCGUGACCGAAAAGGGAGAUGUGUACCUGCUGGCAGAAUAUCAGUGCAAGAAACUGGCAGCCAAACAGCUGAACGUGAAGAAAGUUCUAGUGAGCGGUGGUAGUUUGGAUCAUCGUAUCGAUCCUCAGCUUCUGCAUGAUGGUGGAGGAGAAAAGCUGGUGAUUUUGGCUCUAGAUGAAGCUGGAAGGGUGUUUUGCUGGCGCUCUACGGGCACAUCAGUGAGACAGUGUCGCUGGGCAUACAGCCGACAGGUCUUCAUGUCAGACAUCGCCCUGAGUAAGAACAGCAUGAUGUUUGUUACUCAGGAUGGAGAGGGCUUCACUGGACAGUGGCUGGGCCAGUACAAGAAAGCUGUAGACAAAAAAGAUGGCAUGGAGGUGUCCGGUCACCCAGACGGAGGGGGUGUUUAUGAGCGAAUCCGGCUGGAGAAGCUUCCUUACGUCCACAGAGCCGUCAGCAUCACCAUGGAUUCUAAGGGCCGAAAUUUUGGAGUGCUGCAAGCUGAUCCCAAAACCAGCUUGUAUGAAGUUCCCACUGCUUCUGCGUCCACGUUCUCCCAGCACUUCCAGCGCCUCCUGACCGAAGCCGAUGAGACGGACAGCAUCCAUGACGUGACGCUGCAGGCUGGCGAUCGCACCUUCGCAGCGCACAAAUACAUCCUGUCCGUACGGUCGGACUUCUUCCGCAAAGUGCUCCUGCCAGAGGGCUGCCAAGAGGGUGUAGAAGAUGGAGAGGUGAAGAAAGGAGAAGACGCGGUGGGCUGUGAUCUGCUGGUCCUGGAGAAGGUUCCUCCUGAGAUGCUGGAGCAAGCGCUUCACUUCAUCUACACAGACUCCUGUGAGAUGCUGGUUCACGGGACCCGGCCCAUCAUCCCUCGCUCUAACCAGUGCUCCGAUCCUGAACCACAGCAGCAGCUGAUCCACAGUCUGCAGGCUCUAGGGCUGGAGAACCGCUCCGCUCUGGAUGUGUACCGCUCUCUUCCUGCUAAGACUCAGGAUGCAGACAAGCCCAAGGCCAAAAACACUAAGUCUGGGAAAAAAAGCAAGAGCGGUAAUGUUGGUGAAUCUGGACAAAACCCUGUGAAGAUGCUGCAGGGCAUUGCCAAAAAAUUAGGCUUGGGGAGCCUCUCAGCACGGCUUGAUGGGGUGAAGUUUGAAAAUGGGAAGAUCAGUGUGGUGCAGAAGAAGACUGGCAACAAGCUGCGAUUCAACCAGAAAAAAUGCUCGUACCUCUGUGACGUCACGCUGCGCUCGGAGGACGGCAAAGAGUUUCCCUGUCACAAAUGCAUCUUGUGUGCUCGGCUGGAGUAUUUCAACAGUAUGCUGGGCAGCCCCUGGAUUGAGGCCACCAGCUGCACUGCGCUGGAUAUGCCCACCACCUCCGAGGUCCUGCAGGCCAUUCUGGAGUACAUCUACACAGAUGAGUCUCCCACUGUCAGAGAGUCUGUGAAUGUGGAGUUUGUGUGUAACGUGCUGGUGGUGGCGGACCAGCUGCUGAUCACCAGGCUGAAGGAGAUCUGUGAGGUCGUCAUCACUGAGAACCUGACGCUGAAGAGCGCAGCAGAGUUGCUGGAGUUUGCCACGGUGUACAACGCUGAUCAGCUCAAACUGUCCUGCCUGCAGUUCAUCGCCCUCAACAUGACGGCGCUGCUGGAGUCCAGAGCGCUGGAGAUCCUGAGCGAUGAUGUCCUCCUGGAUCUAACAGCUGCAUACAGGAGGAUGAUCCCAGCCAUGCAGAGACGUCUCAUCACGCCAUACGCCGACGCUCCGGAUCUCAGCGCCUAUGAGGACCGAGAGUGGGACUCGGCUGUGGACUGUAAAAGCGGCUCUGAAGCCGAUCACUCCAGCGAGAGCCUGCUGAAGAAGGCCAAGAUGAGGGCUAAGAGGAAGCCCCGGCGGCGCUCGGACAGCUCUGGCGGAUACAAUCUGUCCGAUAUCAUCCAGACCCCGCCCACUGCAGGUUUGGGUCAUUCAGUGAAGGCCAGUUCAGUGGAGUCUCUGCAGGAGCUCAUCACGUCUGACUCUGAGGGCAGUUAUAUGGGAGCGGGCAGCCCUCGAGACCUGCAGUCCCCUGUCUUCCACGACAGGCCUGAUGCACAGGAUGAGAGACGAGGGCUGAUAGGACUGAAGACUCCUCCUGGCACCCCUGUUUUGAAGAAUGGCCCCGUGCCGACUCAGUCGUCCACCCCUGAGCCCAUCCCUACAGUGAAGGCCAGUCUCUCUAGACCAGCGCCUGUCCUGGACCUCAGGGCCAUCAUGGAGAUGGAGGCCAACUCUCUGAACAGGGGUGCUACACCCAAGAGUCCCAGCUCAUGCAGCAGCAGCAGCACUAAGGUCUCGGUCAUCCCCAGUAAGAUGUCUCAGAAGCAGAGGAAGAUGAUGGCUCUGGCCUCCAGAGACGGCAGCACAGAGAGCGUGUCUGCUAAAUCCCCGCCGGCUCUUACUCCCGUUAAACCUGUGAAGACCUGGUCGACAGCAGUUCAGUCCCCGCCCUCGUCCUGUUCCUUCCGGGAUCUUCUAGUAGAGGAGGAGCGGCGUGGGAAACCCUCUCCAGUGUCCCCAGUGACAGCCAAGAGUCCAGCGGCUGCCCCGGGGCCGCCGAUAUGUGCCAAAAGAGUGACCUUUAAAUGUGCCGAGAGCAGCGACCCGGAGAAACCAGCAGGCCCUUGGGUGCUGAGGGCGGUUGGCAGCCCUCCGUCCACCUCUACAUUUGCCUCCAUUGUGGAGGAGGAGAGACAACAGGAAGCCGCAUUGAUCCGCAGCCGCGAGAAACCGCUAGCACUCAUACAGAUUGAAGAACGAGCCAUCCAGGACCUGUUACUCCAUUACAAGGCCACUAAUAACCCAGAGGAGCUGAUAUUGGUGGAGAGAUCCCCUCAAGGUCCAAUCGCCAUCCCAACCUGGAACAAACACUGAUGCUGACGUGAGGUUGCUGUGACACUCAUGACUACCCACUCACGUUCCAGGCAGUAUUAAGGUGCAUCGCAAGCCGUGUUCUGUUUUCAUCACCUUAUUCUGCAGCAAGCACAUUUGCUUUCUUUGACUGCUUACUUUUACAUUCUAUAUUAAUUUUGCUGUUUUCCUGCAAGAAGAGACUGGAAUAUAAAGUGUAAUCUGUUGUUCUCAGCCCGAAGAGUUGCCACGUGUGCCAAAAUGUUUAUUUUUAUUUUUAUUAUUAUUAUUAUAUGAUUCAGUGCUACAGUGAUCUGCAUCUCACAGCUAGUGUGUGUGUGUUUUAUGAAGAGCAAACUAACACAUUGUAAGCAGAAGAAGAAAAUCCAAUCAGCCGUGAAAAGCAAUAAAGACUUUAUUAGGUUGCUCACAAGGGCUGUUUGAAAGAACUGGUGUAAAAGAAAAUCAAGUGCACAAUGGAAGGAGCUGAGAUUUACAAAUAUGCAUUUUAUAUUUUGCUUCCUCAUGCAGUUAACAUCAAUAACAUUAUCAUUUGGUGUUCAGUAUAAUGAUAGUUUAUGUUUGUCACUAGCAGAAUAUGAUUGGUACUACAGAUUAAAAAAAAUGAAUACCUCAGUCAUCUUUGCUUAAUGUUAAGAGAAGAUAUUUGCAGUGGCAUGCAAUAAAGAGAUGAUUACAAGCAUCA